AUGGGUGGCACUUCAAGUCGAUCCACUCACUCUCUCACGAACAGUAAUAAUAGUCCUCAUCAUCGAGAGGAUCAUCAUCAUGCUCGAGCUCGUACGACUCGUGGUGGCGGUGGCGGUGGCGGAACAGGCAUUGGAGGCUUCUUCUCAAGUACUUCUUCUGCUCUCUCACGUGAAGAACAAGAACAAUCGACCAUUCUCCGAAAUGGUAAACAUGUCGAGAGAGGUUAUGUCUUACAUUUAGGAGAACGCUACUUUAAUGAACGUUACUUGAUUCGAAAGAAAAUCGGAGAGGGUAUGAAUUCUGAUGUCUAUGUUGCUCUCGAUCAAGAAUUGAAUGAAUAUGUUGCUCUCAAAGUCAUUCCUGUUCAUUCUGGAAAGCAAACACGAGAACAAAUUCUCAAUGAAAUUGAAAUUAUGAGAAAAUUGAAACAUGAAAAUAUUGUACAAUUGAAGAAUGUCAUGACUCAUCAGGAAUUUAUUGGAAAUAUGAGUUCAAUUAUGAGUUAUGGAAGUAAUAGUAGUAGUAGUGGUGGUGGUGGUUCUAAUGCUUCUUAUUUAAAUAAUAAUAAUUACUAUUACAAUAAUAAUCAUUUAAAUCAUAAUAAUAACCAUCACAUGAAUCACACAACACUUGAUCCCAUUCAACGAAUACAACAACAACAACAACAACAACAACCAACUCGAUCAUCACCCAUAACUUUAGAAAAAUGUGAAUAUAUUGUCAUUGUGAGUGAAUAUUGUAAUAUGGGUAGUAUUGGAGAUUAUUUAGAAAAAGAUUUACAUUUAAAAUUACCCAUCUAUAUUCUAUUGAAAUGGAUGAUUGAAUUAAUUGAUGUAUUAUAUUAUUGUCAUGUUGAAAAACAAGUCAUUCAUAGAGAUAUUAAACCCUAUAAUAUUUUAUUAAGUAAUGAUGCAUUAUCACCACACUAUGUCUAUUCCAAGUAUAUCAAACAAGAGGAAGACUAUGAUGAAGAUGAAGAAGAAGAGGAUGAAGAGGAUGAUCAUUUUGAAUCAAAAGUACAGAAUGCUAAAUGUCACCAAUCCAAUGAUGAAAAAUAUUCCAAAUAUCCAUCUCAUUCAAACAAUCAUCAUUUAAACAAUCAUUCAAGCAAUCAUCAUUCAAACAAUCAUCAUUCAAACAAUCAUCAUUCAAACAAUCAUCAUUCAAACAAUCAUUCCAAUCAUCAUACUUCAACAGAUCAAUUCUAUGAUUCCUAUGAAUAUAUUAGUGUGAAAUUAGGUGAUUUUGGUUUAUCCAAAGCAGUUCAAUCAAAUAUGGAAGUUUCAUUACAGAGUAUAUGUGGCACACCUCUCUAUUGUGCAAGUGAAAUUGUAUUUCAAAAAGGAUAUUCUUUCAAUGUAGACAUUUAUUCAUUGGGUGUCACUUUAUUUGAAUUAUUCAGUGGACAUUCUCAUCUCACAUUUCUAAAAAUAGUUUUACAAAAUUAUAGACCCAUCUCGACACUCUAUGACUCGAUCAUGUUAAAUAGUAUUCGAAGAUUAAUAGGAAUGAUGAUUGAAAAGGAUAGUACUAAACGAUUAACCUCUGAACAAUUGAUCGUGCAUCCAAUUAUUCAUGCUUAUCGAUGUAUUGUCAAUUAUGUCAAGAAUGAUCGUGUUGCCUUGAAUCCAUCGGAUGCAAUGAUCAUGGAUCGGUCUCAUCACAAAAACAUGGAUCAGCAUUCAAAGAAGACGAGUAGUGGGACAAGCAAUGGUACAAGUAUGAAUCAUAGUAGGAACAAUGGUACUCCUAAUAGUAUUCCUAAUUGUAUUAUACCUAAUAAUACUCCCAAUAAUACUCCCAAUAAUACUCCCAAUAGUAUUAUACCUAAUAAUAGUAUGAACAAUAAUGACCAUGCCAAAGAUGAAUCAUCCACUCCUUCUUUCCAAUCUUCCUAUCUCUCUCAAUAUAUUCAAGUAUUUAUGGAAAUUAUCAUUUAUCUCAAUAUUGAACAUGAUUCUGAUAUCAAAAUGAAGAAUUGUUCCAUUCAGAAAAUUCAAGAAUUAUUUCAAAAAGAAGAAUCAAAAUCAAUUAUUUUACAGUAUAUACACAAUUCCUACAAGAGAAUAAUGCAAAUGUUAUGCACCAUUGAUAAGACGAAUCAACCAUGGAUUUGUAAUUUUAUUUCUCACAUUUUAAUACCAUGUAUUGAAAAUGAUCAUGAUGAGAGAUUUUUAUUUAUCAAAUCUUGUAUCUCUCAAAUGCAUUAUUUAUUUAGUAGAGGGAAUACAGUCAUACUCAAACGAUUAUUUACAAAUGUGAGAGGAGAUUUAGUGAGUGACUCGGAUUGGAAACAAAUGAUUUCUCAACAUGGAUACAAACAUCCCAAGAAUGAUGAUGUGAUACCUUUCGAUGAUGUAAAAUUUAGAGAUUGUUUAAGUGAAAUGUUGUAG